AUGCCUUUCAAAACUGUCAAGAUGCUUGGAAACGCAUUCGAAAUGAUGGACCUGCUUAUUCCGCUUUUUAGCGGCGACGGUUCCGGUCUUCUUAGACCUGAAAAGGCUACCAAGCAAGGCCGAACUUUUGACGAAGACAAUGUGUUCUCUACAUAUAGCUUUUUGAUUCGAAGACUCUACCUCCCUAAUAAUCCACACUGGAAUAGAGGAAAUAUGGACGCCAUGUUGCAUACGCCCAUGCUAUUCACCAUGAAGUACACGAUCCAGCAAUAUUUGCUUGGGGCUCAUAUUGCUGAUCACCCGAAAUUACAAAUGUAUUGCAAUGAAGCAGAGUACAUGUCCGAAUACAAUGACCGUGGCACACGAUAUAUUGACGAUUAUCCCCAAGCUGCAAACCGUAAGCUCCCCAAGAUCCGAAAAUGGCGUUAUACUAAUCGGUUGAAUGCAAAAGCCUACCAAGGAAUCUAUUUCGUAUCACGAGCAGUGGGAUCCCAUUCCACUCGCACAGGCCAUAUAUGGGUUGGAGUGACAGACAUCUGCGAAGAAUAUCGCGGACAAACUCACCGAAAUAUAGGGUCGCUCGUUAUUCCAACUUCGGACAUAUAUGCGUACGUAGAGAACCCAUCGCGCGAGAAUCUUGACGAAACCUUGACUUUUUGCCCUUCGCGGUCCGACCAAUGGAUCACUGCCGAGUCGAAUUCAGUAAUGGACGGCCUGGAGUUUCGCCGGCUACAUGUUCCAACAAAUUCGCAACCCAAUGAAUAUCAAAAAGCGGCCUUGGACAAAUUGAUAUAUCAGAAAUCCGAUAUAGGUUGGCUGGGGCAGUUUCUGGUGACAACCCUGAUCCACGAGUUAUCACAUGCAGAAGCAUUUACACCCAAAGGAAUUCAACAAAAGGACAUUGAAUGUUUAGCCUCUGGAGAACCUGUUAUUACAUCGGGGAGUAUUGAAUGUCUCUAUAAUGUCGCCAAGGGCACUGAUGGCUUAGACCCGGAUACCCACACUCCACAGGGCCACUUGGAUGCCGAAGCAUUGACUCUAUUCGCUAUGUCAUUAUGGGUGAACUCGGCAACUUGGUGGAAAUCGUAUGAAGCAAGACGCAGACAGAAAGAUCCUCCGCCACAAUAA